UUUUUGACGUAUCGUCAAUCAUUUUUCUUUCUUGUUGAGUAGCUGUAGUUCGAUGGUGUGCCCAAUUUUAAAAAGAAGAAGAAAUAGCUAGUUAAUAGUUAGCAAAAGGCACCAAAAGAGAAGACGUUGUUUUCAUUAUUGUUAAUGCAUGUUUUAUUGUGCUUGUUGUUUAGUACAUCAGUCAUUCACAUUUUGAAAUGGCCGGGGUGACUAACGUACUUGAAACGGUGCGCGAAGACGAUUUCGUUGAAUAUUUCAUAUUUCCGCAUUUAGAAUGUAAUGAUGAACAACAACAAGAAAAAAUUUUGACAGCGAUUUUAAAUAAAGCAAAAAAAAUCAUUGAUAAAUACGCGAAAAACUACUUGUGGCACAAAGACGAAUUCCAAUUAUCAAUUAGAAUAUCGACAUCCAAUUUUUUAAAUGAAAUCGAAGGUCAAAAAGAAAAUCUUCCACCACACCUUUAUGGUGUGUCCCAUUAUGGUGAUAAUAUAGAAGAUGAAUGGUUCAUGGUAUUUCUUUUGCAACAAUUAACAAAGGAAUUGAAUGAGUGUAUUGUGAGAGUACAUGAUGUAGAUGGGGAGUUUUUGUUGAUUGAGGCUGCUGAAUAUUUACCCAAUUGGGCCAACCCAGAAACCUCUCAAAAUAGGGUUUACAUUUAUAAUGGUAAAAUUCAUCUUAUACCUCAAGAUUGUAGCAAUACUGAGAUCAAAGUUAGUGAAUCCAUUUUGGCUAUAAGAAAAGACCCUUCAAAAACAGUAGCUUGUCCAGAGAUACAAUCCAGCAUAAAUACAAAGCUUGAAAGUUAUCCUGAGAAAAUAAAAGACAAUAUCCAUAAUGCAAUAGUUUUUAUACCAAUAGGAGUAGCUAGAGUUUUAAGAGCAAAACCCAAUUUGAUAUCAGCAGCAGUUCAAGCUUUCUGUAAUAGAGAUUCUAUCGAUCUAAAAGCUUGCAGAGCCAUGAAAUACUUUCCUCCAGAAAAUCGAGUUAAAAGAAGUGUAGUUUUUACCAAAUGUUUAUAUGCCAUGCUAACAAACAGUAAAUAUCUUCCAGAUAGAAGAACAGGUUGGAAUUUACCUUCUUCUACCUCAAACGACUAUAAAUCUCAUUUGUUGGGAGUAAAACUUGCUUGUGGUUUUGAAAUUUUAGCUUCACAAGCAAAACCAAGUACUGAUGUUGAUUCUGAUAGAGGCUGGCAGAAUUAUUUGAAGAGUUUGAAAGAUAAAGGAUAUUUCCAAGAGUACUUAGAACAUUCUCUGGGUUAUAAUAAUUUACUUAACAAAGCUAAACAAUAUUAUAUGGAAAACAGAGAUUCCAUGCACUACAGCUCCUCAAUAGGACAAGAUAUUUUAGACUUGAGCCGGAACUCAGAUAUUGGGGUAGACGAUCAGAUGAAUCUUGUAGAUGAUGAUGAUUCUUGGCUCAAUAUUAGCUCAGAAGAAUUGGAUAAGAUGCUGCAAGAGAAGUACGGACAAAAGAAGAUAUUUAAUGUUAAUAAUAAUUCAGAUGCUACAGGUUUUGCUGGAAAAUUAACCAGUUUUUUGAACCACGUAUCAGAUGUGGAUGGAGCAGAAUUUCCUACAGAAAACGAUUCUCCUGUUAGACCUCCUAGGCGUAAAAACAAAACAAAAGUAUCUUUUUCUAAUGAAUCUAAAAAGGAGGAAACUGCAAAUCCCAAAAUUAAUUUUGACCCAAAUUCAUUCGCUUGUGCUCUACAAAACAUAUUAAAUUUUGCUAUUCCUGAAGAUGAUUCUUGGGAUUUAGAAUCAGAUUCGGAUAUGAGUGAAUAUGAAGAAGACAACUAUGUAAAAAAUCAAACUUAUGAAAGUGGAAAAGAUAAAAACAAAUUACAAAAAUAUAUGGAUGAAAUGGAUAAGGAACUAGAAGGUACAACUAUUGGUCAAAGCUUUGAAAAGAAAAAGAAUGGAGAUAGUUUUGAUGAUAUAGAGACCUUCAAACCUGUAGACAUUAACGUCAAUGCUUUGAAAUAUAUUUUGGAGAGUUAUAAAAGUCAGAUGGGAGAGGCAGGUCCUUCCAGUAAUAUGCUAGGACCGAUGGGAAUUCAUCUAGAUCCCAAAGACAAUGCAACUGUUGAAUGAAAGAAGAAUUUUAUCAAUGUAUCAAAUUACCUCAACAUGAGACAAGUAUUGGAUUAUAUGAGCCAUAUAUUUCUGAAUGAUGUGAAACUUAGUUUGUAGUGCCUUGUGAAAUGUAUGUUUUUCUUUUUUUGCAAAAUUGUGUGAGAAUUGAUGAACAAAACUUUUUUUUAAAUUCAUAAAGUGAACUAUAUCAUACAUAAUUUGAAGAUACCAUCAAGUAUUGUCGUUUCAACAAAUAUCUGCAAAAUUAACUCGGGAUUUUAUCAAGGUUGCCAUAUAUAAUACCAAGAUGUGUGUUUUUUAUAAGUUUAAUUUUUUAUUGGUAGAUUUUUUGCCAGGCACUAAUAUUACCAUUUAGUAUAGUUGUAAUCUGUACUUUUUAUAAGAGAUUAUGUGUAAUGUAUUCAGGAGGUUCUUAAAUGUUGCCAAUGUAUUGAACUAGAAAUGGAGGAGAUCCAUCAACGGAUUUAGGUUUGAUGUCGCUCUAGGCUCUGUUUAUCGCGCCGCCGUUGAUGUUAAAAAAUGAAUUUUAUUAAUUUUGUUGCAAUAUUUUUAUUUGAAAUAACUUUAUUUCGUUAGAAUAUAAUUAAUAUUAGACAAAUUUAAGUAUUAAUGAAUUUUAAAAUUUCUUUUUUCCUAUCUGUGGUCCAUGUAAAAACAUCAAUUAUAUCAUCAUAAUCAAAUUCUUGGACAGUUGAGUUUCAAUAGACAGUAACUCAUUAAGUCUACCUUGAACCAUACGUGCACGUAAAUAUAGAUUUUUGGUCUUUCCAAUGUAGAAAAAGAUCUUUCUCCUGAACAAUUCGUAGCCAGAAUACUCAAAAAAAUACUUGAAACAACUUCAACAUCCCAACAGCUAAGUGAAUUUAAUACAUUGCAUAUAUUUUGUACAUCUUCUGUAUUUGCUUACGAAUCUUUAAAGUUGAUAAUGUAAAUUGAUACAUUUGUUUCCUAAUGUCUAUUCCAAAUUGCCGACUAGUUUAUUGGCAAGAUUUUUCAAUUUGUUUCAGAGCCGGAUUAAGCUAGGGGCUUGGGGGGGCUAUAGCCCCAGGUCCAAGAGGGUUUUUUUUGAGGUGUCGAUACCACAAAUCUAACGUAUUGACUUUAUUUUUUCAAUUUUUUCGGGUUUCCGAUUUCCUUAAGCAUAGAUUAAAAUUUUUAUAAAAAUUUUCAUAUGCACAUUAUACCCUGCCAAUUGCACAUUACUCAAAGUAUCUAAAAUAAUAUAAUCAACAUUGGUGCAGAAAAGGUAUGCUUUAAUUUACUUGUGACUCAUCUGGACUCAAGAUACUAUCUCUUUCUUCAUAUUCAGAAAAUUCUCUCUCUCAUGUCCCGAAGAAGUAGAGUGAACUAUGGAUCUGCAUAUCUGAUAAAUCAGCUUGAGAUUCUUAAAGCUUUUUACUAAAUUGAUUUAAAAUUACAUAGUUAAUGAUGUAUUAUAUUCAUACUUACAGUUGUAUAAUAUCGUUCUUUUUUGCAAUUAUAUAUGUCUGUAGUUGGUCUUGUGAAGAAGACAAUCGAUCAUAUAUUUCUGUAUUUGAUUUCGAUUGAUAGAUAGAAAAUAUGUGACGAUACAUCAUAGAUUGAGUCACGUGAUUUAAGAUUUUCACCGUUUCUACUUUUAUCUAAAUGUAAACAUUUCUAAUUUGAAUACUCUAAAUUUUGACUUGAAUUUUAAAUCCUGUAUGUGAAAAAUAUUAAGUAUAUCCCUACUAUAUUCUUUUUGCUACGUUAAGUUUUCCGUUCACAAGCAUUCAAUGUCCUACGCUUUUUCUAGUGUUCUUUAGUACUUAAAUCCCAUAAAUUGCACAGUUAUGGCUUAGAUACGGUUGAUUCGCUUUAUGCAAUAAGGUAAAUAUAUAUUUACGGUACUAUAAGCUUCAAAUGCCCAUAACUGAAUAAGAUUUAUAUAUACGUUUAGUAAUAGAAGAAAGAAUUAUUUUAAAUGUGAAAUUUGUUCAAAACUACCAGAAUGGAAAUGAUCUUAAUUAAAUAGUUGGCAGGUUUAAAACAGUAAAAUUGUGGUAUUUUAUUUGAAAACAAUUUUGUUUAAAGCUAUACUGUGUUUAUUGAUGAUGUUAUUACAUGUGAUAGCAAAUGGACAUCAUUUAUAAACAUGUCUAGUGAUAUUAAGUAUAAAAUGUUAUAGUCUUGAAAUAGAUUUCCAUCAAAAGUAUAUUUUUCUAUCAGAACUAAUGUAAACAAAUUUAAAAUAAUAAUAAAUAUAUUUUGCUAUAUUGUUUGAAGUAUUUUAAAUUGGAAACUAUGCUAUAUUUACAUAACACAUUGUAAGGUUUAUAAUAUACAAGUGAGAAUCAAGACAUUGUUGUGUUGUUUAAAUAUCAAGAUUUAAAAAAAUCCUUCAUUGGCAACAUUUACGAAAUUUCUCUCUAGUUAUAUGUGUAGCUUAUUAAAAUAUGUAUUUGUAAAAUAUUUAGGAAAACAGGGAAGCUUGUUGAAAAUUUUGACUGUUAUCUUUGUAAACAAAAUUUUAUCUGUUUGUAUUCAAAUCUAGUCUUGUUUGCACUUUUUUUGUAAUUUUAAACUGAAGGAUCCCAAUAAAUUCCAUCAGGAUAUAAAA